UGUACAUCUGUCCAGUGCUGUUUGGAGAGAGUGCGUAUAGGUGCUGUCAAUUCCCAAAUGUGUAAACGUCUACAAAGACACAUCAGAAGACAUGUUUCUCCUUCUUUAUCUGAGCUUUUGGAGUGUGCUGGGGUCACACAGUCAGAGCCUGAGCGCAACAACAACAUCGCAAGCAUUUGUGACACCUGGGGACGACAACGGCCAGUGCACGACCUGUCAGUUUAGACAACAGAGCAAACGCAUGCGCCUGCACUCCAUUAAGUCUCAGAUUUUGAGCAUCCUGCGUCUAGAACAGGCUCCGAACAUCAGUAGAGACACGGUCAAGCUACUCUUACCUAAAGCACCUCCACUGCAGGAGCUCCUGGAUCAGUAUGACCAAAAUGGAGGCAUUAGUGAGGAUGAGGAACAAGGUAGCAGUGAGACCAUCAUAACCAUGGCCACAGAACCGCAAGCCAUCACCCAUCUUGAGGGGAUGCCGAAGUGUUGCAUGUUCUCACUGAGCCCAAAGAUUCUGCCUGACAGCAUCCUGAAGGCCCUGCUCUGGAUCUAUCUCCGACCAGCUGAGGAGCCAACCACGGUCUUCAUCCAGAUAUCUCAUCUGAAGUCUUCUUCUGAAGGAAACAGCCACUCAAGAAUACGCGCACAAAAAAUCGAUGUGAACGCCCGGACAAACUCCUGGCAGCACAUCGACAUGAAGCAGCUGUUGCAGUUGUGGCUCAAACAGCCCCAGAGUAACUUUGGGAUAGAAAUCAAGGCCUUUGACAUGAAAGGAAAUGAUCUGGCUCUGACUUCUCCAGAAUCUGGAGAGGAAGGACUGCAACCCUUCCUGGAGGUGAAAAUAUCAGACACUGGCAAGCGGUCCAGACGGGACACCGGCCUUGAUUGCGAUGAGCAUUCCACCGAGUCUCGUUGCUGCCGGUAUCCACUUACUGUCGACUUCGAGGACUUCGGGUGGGACUGGAUAAUUGCCCCCAAGCGCUACAAGGCCAAUUACUGCUCCGGUGAAUGCGUGCAGAAGUACCCCCACAGUCACAUCGUUAACAAGGCCAACCCUCGAGGCAGCGUGGGCCCCUGCUGCACACCCACCAAGAUGUCACCCAUAAACAUGCUGUAUUUCAAUGACCGUGAGCAGAUAAUCUACGGAAAAAUCCCUUCAAUGGUUGUAGAUCUUUGCGGCUGCUCUUGAGCCCAAGGGCUUUUCCAGUCACUAAGACAGCAAGCCCUAACUGCUCUGGACCAGAGGGAAGUGAAAAUAACUUUUACCUUGUCCCUAUAGUUCCUGCUAAAACAAUUGACCACACCAGGGUCCCAACAAACCAACUUAACCAAAUCAUUUAGUUUGUUCUCAUCAACUGUUGUACACAAGGACAGUGGUAGCAAGGUGACAAGGAUUUCUUUGUUUAUGAAGGUAUAAGGCUUCCUCUGUGAAUGCAUUUGAGCAUAGAGAUGACUUGACGGGCUUUACCAGUGUGAUAUCAGAAUGUACAAAUUGCAAAAAGUACUUUUAAGUUUUAAAUUAAUGUCAAAGGGGGUUGUAUAGUUGAUUAUUUAUAUAAAGUUGCUUAUCCCCCAGUGACCCAAAAACAGGAACACUGACCCAGAAACUCACUCAACAUGACGUCCGAACAACAAACUUUAGGAAUUCUGCAGUUGGUUCAUAGCAUAUGGGUAGUUGACAAAUGAUAGGGAUAGGAAACUUUUUAGAGCUGUAACUGGUCACAAUUUCUAUGCUUUUUAAGUAGUGUUAAACAUUGCUGGAACAUGUCAACUACCCAAAAGCGUGCAUCUUAUGUUCUUGUCAAACAACACUAAUUAAAUUGCCAAUUCAAUAGUUAUCCUACGUAAUAUCUUAGGCUAGAGAUGGUCAUAGUGAUUUUUUAAACAUGGAAUUAAUUGUAUUCUAUGGUUCAAAAUCAUGUUGUAGUUUUGAUCUGUUGUACCAAGUAAAAUGCCUGUUACUGAUGUU